GCACCAUGACAUUCUGAUUCUCAGUAUACUGAUUCUAUUUGAUUCUCGAUUCGACUCUAAUUUGUAAGCUUAAUGCCCCUGCCGUCGUUAUUGCACGUGGCUUGGCGGACUUGGACGCUCAGAUGGUCGGCGGACUUGUCAGUGAUUUCCCCCACAUUUGCGGCCCCGCCUAAUAAAGACCGUGACUGUAACAAUAAAGUCCUCCACAUCUGUCCGCGCGGGCCCUCGGCGCUGAGACCUGGAGUUCAAUUGGCGUCGGUCGCGACUCUCAGAGACCCCGGAGGAAAGUGAUCUGUGGGCUGGGAUGCUGUGCUCCCUCGAAUUGUGAUCGUUGGUCAAUUCAAGUACCGUCGCUCUGGCCUGCCAUUCGUCUAGAGGAGCUCACGAGUGUCAUGUUCCGGGACGAAGACGCUCAAAUUACGCCCUCGGAUUUCAA